AAUAUUGUUUUCAAAAUGCCGGAAAAUCACUUCCGGUACGCGAGAUUUGACAACCAUGGGGGUCUGGAUCGAGUGACAUUUAGGUCUAAAACACAGGAACGAGGCUAUUUAGAAUCGCGGGCUCAGAAUAAUGGUUGCGGACUUCAAUGGACAUGCGCAUCUCGGUGUUCAGCUCGACAAAGCUGUGUAAUGGCGACCGAUCAGGAGUCGAAUAAUCUCGACGAUUUUGAUAUAGAGCAAGUUAUAAAUUGGGAAGAACACAAUUACGCUUCAAAGAACCUUGAUAUCCAACACCUCCCUGAACUUGAUUUACCAAGUGAGCUUCCGAUCACCUGCACUGCCUCAGUAYUGCCACCUGGACAUGGCACACAACCUCARGCAAGCCGAGGUCGGACUAUGAUAUUAAAYAAUCAAGUAAUAACCCCUCAUCAGCAGCCGCAAAGGGAUCAAAGCUCAACCAUUACAAGGCCUUUAUCACAGUCAUCCAGCUCUGUGCUUAAUCCAGUAUUCCCUCAAGAUGCUAGUUACAUGUUAAGUGACAUUCGCCAAGAACUGACACGCUCUAGACCAAUUCAAGAUGCUCCACGUGAAGUUCAACCUGCAUUUCCUUCAGAAAAUUUUGAUGUGCCGUCAAUUAGUCAUCAAAGACCCCACCCUACAUCAGGAUCUCAAGUUUUGAAUUUCAUUCCUGGUCACGAACAGCAUUUAGGUACGCAACAUGUAGUCAGUGCACCCCCUCAAUUGGGUCAUUCUAUAACAAGACACCCAACGUUACACAAUGGAAUGCAAAGGUUUAGCCAAAGCGCACUACCUGCAAAUAUCAGUAAUGUUGACGAACCAUUGAAUACUGAUUUAGAUAACGAGGAAGGAGAUGGCUCGUCAAUUGAUCAGUUAAUUGAGGAUAUUGUUGAUAGGGACAUGCCGCAGGGUGUUGGGGAUACUGUGGUGUUUUCAACCCAUGACGUUGCAUUGGGUGGUCAACACCAGGCAAUCCAUCAUGUCAUGGCACCAAGUGCAGCACAUGUAGCCACGAACUUAACGUCAAGUAAUCCAAACCAAAUUCCAGUAAUGGCCAGGAGUUCAUCAUCAAUUUCCACAGGUAGUCCAUUGCCUGUAACUGGACCAGUGUCAGGGGGCAAUAUUUCUCAUGCACACAGUCCAUUAUCUCAGAACCCUGCAAGCCCAAUUAUUGGAAAGGCACCAAGUCCCCAGAUGCAGCAGUAUAAGGCAGUCCCUUUGAGAAGUGGCCGAGGAAAUACCAAGAAAACUGUUAACAUGGCAACUCAACAGCAGCCACAUUCCCCCAUGGGUGUGGCUCAUAGUCCAAGAUCUGCACCCCAGAGAAGUCCCCAGAAUGCUCCRCAGAGAAGUCCCCAGCAACCUAGUGCUCAAAGCCCUCCUGCAUCAGCCAAUCCAGUGAUGCCCCAGAAUGUUUCGUCGCCAAUGUCUCAGGUAUCUCCAAUGUCAUCUGGAGGUAUACAGAAUAUGGCUUCACAGGUUAUUGGAAGUAUUGGGAUGCAGCACUCUCCUGUAGCAUCACCUUUGAAUACACCAUCUCCUCAGAGUCAGAGGUCAUCCAGGCAGGCUUCCCCUGGAGGUAUUGGGUCUCCAAUUGCAGGUAACCCUGUUACUCAACAAGACUUCUCACAAACUCAAGGGGUUCCUCAAAACUAUAUGACACAGGUGAACCAAGCAAAGGUUUCUGCCACUAAGGUGGGAAAUAUUCAAAACCCUGGGAAUACAAGAGCCAAUGUUAGUAAAGCAAGUGCUUCAGCAAGUGCUGCAAAUCAACCAGCRGGACCUAAUGUUCAGAAUAGUGUCUGGUCACAGAGUCAGUUCAUGCUAAGAAAAGCUGGUGCUGCAUCACAAGGAACUACAUUAUCACCUGGAACACCAACUCAACAGCCCAUGCAAGCAAACACUGCUACACUACCACAAACAACURGUAAUACAGCUGGACAACCUGUGUCAACAUUCGAUACAGCAACUGUGCUUCGUGGGCUUACUGCCCUGAAAGGAACAAACGUUAUUCCAUUUCAACUCAAGCAAGGAGCAGGACAACAAUUACAGGCAGUCAAACUGCCACAGAAUGCUGCUGGACUUGAUUUGUUGAAACAGGCAAUGUUUGUAAAGGCAGGUCAGGGCAGUGGAACCCAACCUGCUGGUAAACCAAUGACUAUUAAUACCUCACAAGGACAAGUGAUCUGUUACAUUCUUCCCAAACCAAACGGUAGCAAUAAUAAUAAUCAACCUGCCACAAACACUCAAGGACAGCAAGUUAAAAUGGUUGUGUUGAGUACAAAUAAUGUUUCUAGUGGGAAUAAUGUUUUAAAGACAGUAAAUGCUUCUAAUAGUAAUACUUCUGUCCUACCUUCGAAUGUUAACUCUGUUUUUACAAAGAAUACAAAAACAUCUUCGAUUCCUGUACAACAAAAUGUUUCCUUUUCAUCCACUUUGCAUCAAAGUCCGAUGCAGGCAAUGACUUCUGUAGUUAAAGCUGUUGGUAAGGACAACAAUGUUUCACUUAAUAUUGCCAAUCAAAGACAGCCUGUUGCUGAUAAUAGGCAGGCUAGUUUAGCUCACGGUACUGGUGCAUCAAAUCUUAUAACACAAAGUGUGGACACAACACGGAUAACCUUUGUGAAUGAAUCUACUUGCGUUGAUCACUUGGUAUCAGCACCUGGACUUAGCCAAUCAGCAAGCAGURUUAUCACCACACAUCCAUUAACAUCAACUGUGUCAACCACUGCUACUAAGACUACUCCAGCUACGAGUUCAUCAACUACACCGAMAACUACCCCUGCUUUGGCUGGGGACAGUGAUGACAGUGAUACGCCGUUGGCUGUACUGGCUGAAACACUCAGGAAGUCAAAUGUAGAGGAAAAGAAGAAAAAGAAAAAGAAGAAAGCAGAAAAGAGAAAAAAGAAAGAGAAAAGCAGCAGUGAAAAGCCACUACCUGCCUUUCAAAUAUUCUUCAAGGAGACUCAAGCUGCUAUCAGGCAGCAAAAACCAAAUAUUGAUUUUGACAAUGUUUCAAAAAUCAUUACUCAAAUGUGGGAUAACCUCCCAGAAGACCAGAAAAAGGUUUAUUAUGCCAAGCAUGAGAAAGCCAAAAAGGACCACGAGAAAGCACUUGAAAAACAAUUAAAACAGGAACCAAGUCCAAAGUUUCGAAAGCUAGAAACAUCUUCAGCAUCACCUCUUUCAUCGCCAAAAUCAUCACUACCUUCAGCAGCGACCCCUGCAUCUACAACAUCAACAAAAGAACCGAUAAAACAGGAAAGCAUUACUCUAAAAAUACCAAAAGCUGUGUUAAAUAAACCAGAUUUAUCUACUAAAAUCCCAAAAAGUGCAGCCACAGGUGCCAGUAGUAAGACUGCUGUGUCAGGGGCUUCUACUUUCUCUCCACCUGUGAAAAAGAAGGCUAAAGUAUCAUUCAACCCAAUCAGUCAAAGAAUAUGCAUCAGAGAUGGCUGCAAUAUGCCUGCAAGAACAACCAAGGAGAGAGGAACACAGUACUGCAGUAAUGAAUGCAUUGUCAGCCAUUGCAAAAAUGUUUUCCAAAGCUGGGUGACAAAAAGAAAAGAGGAAACUAUCCAGGUAUCAUGACAAGAAAGACAAUAAUAUGAACAAAUWUAGUACGGCAAUAUACCAGAUCCAUGCAACAACAACGUACACCAGAUAUUAUUAGGAACAAUUUAAUAUGUUGGUUGAAGCUAAGCAUGUGAAGAAUAUAUUAGGUAACAUAAUAUAGUUGUUAUUGACAGCCUGCAGAGCAUGACAUAMUAUUAUAUUGUUCCUAUCAUGCUGUAGCAAAAGCCAAUACACUUAUUUAUUCAAAAUAUGACUAUAUAAAAAACUAAAUAAUCAUAUCUCCUUAAAAUAUUGUUUUCUGAUYGGCUGAAUUUCCUCUUAAUCUGUGUGAUUAUGCAUGUGCACUAAUAUAGAGUGUGUUGAGGCUGUGUGUUUGUGUUUGUCAGAGACUCACAGUUUCUGUAGAAGUGAUGAAAAAAUACACAAUGACUUUGUGUUUUAUGAAAAUGGCUCGAUUUAUACAACUUAUUCUUCGCUCUUGUGGAAUUUUAAUAGUCCACUUCGCAGAUAACACAGCUAUUAGAAAUUGAGCAAAUAUAGAAAAACUAUUACCACCACUGGAAAGAACAGUAUUAUAUAAAAU